AUGCUGCGCCUCUGCGAGCGCAUCGUGAGCGACAUCUGGGGCGACACGGCCAUGUACCUCCACGUGGAGGACAAGGAGGUCGCUGCGAACAGGCUCUACGAUGCGACCGGCUACGCCGCGAUCGAGCCCCCGCAGGACUCCGAGUUUCCAUUCAACGACGCAGAGCUGAAGGCGAUCCAGAGCACGACCUGGCGUCGCAAGGAGCUGCCGGCAGAGAGCCCCGGCUGUCUGGCGCCGGCGCAGGAGGAGCUCGAGACCCGGUUGGCCGAGCAGGAGGCUGAGGAGAGGAGGGCCCAAGAGGAGGAGCUGCUGAGGCAGGCGGAGGAGGAGGAAGAGGAGGAGGACUCCGACGACGAGAGCUCCGACGAGGAAGGCGACGAGGAGCUGCAGGGCCUCGGAGAGGACGAGGACUUCUCCUGGGUGGCGUCCCUGAAGAAGUGA